GUAUAAAUACAGUUGCUCGGGCCGCACGUUCUUUUUGUUUGGAGAGACUUGCCAUCAUGCCUGAUCCGUCUAAAUCGGCACCCGCGCCCAAGAAGGGCUCCAAGAAGGCCGUCACCAAAGCGCAAAAGAAGGACGGCAAGAAGCGCAAGCGCAGCCGCAAGGAGAGCUACUCCAUCUACGUGUACAAGGUGCUGAAGCAGGUGCACCCCGACACCGGCAUCUCGUCCAAGGCCAUGGGCAUCAUGAACUCGUUUGUCAACGACAUCUUCGAGCGCAUCGCCAGCGAGGCCUCUCGCCUGGCGCAUUACAACAAGCGUUCGACCAUCACGUCCCGCGAGGUGCAGACGGCUGUGCGCCUGCUGCUGCCGGGCGAACUGGCCAAGCACGCUGUGUCUGAGGGCACCAAGGCCGUCACCAAGUACACCAGCUCCAAGUGAGGCGCGCCGGGCGCCCUGGAACCCAAAGGCUCUUUUCAGAGCCACCCACAUAAUCGAAAAAGGGUUUCGAACACGGUGAA